AGCCAACACACCCUGCGAGCCUGAUUCUGUUUUAAAACCCUGGUCUCCACACACAACCCUAAGCGACUACUCCAUUCUCUCUCUCUCUCUCUCUCUCUCCCUCCCAUUCUCUCUGAGAAAGUAAGAGCGAGCGAUGGUUUUGCUACAUUCUCCGUCGUCCUCGUCGGAGGAGGGCGGCGAUGUUCAGUCAAAAUUCAAGCGACUUCCGAUACACUCACUCAAGUCAAAAAUCGUGGAGAAGAUUCUCGAGAAUCGCGUCACUCUUAUCAUCGGCGAAACCGGAUGCGGGAAGAGCUCACAAGUUCCCCAAUUCUUACUGGAAGAGAAUAUGGGACCCAUACUUUGUACUCAACCAAGGAGAUUUGCUGUGGUAGCAGUUGCCAGAAUGGUAGCAGCUGCUCGUGGUUGUGAAGUAGGGGGAGAGGUUGGGUAUCACAUAGGUCACUCCAAGGUCUUAUCAUCAAGCUCAAAGAUUGUCUUCAAAACUGCUGGGGUAUUGUUGGAUGAAAUGCGAGAGAAGGGACUAAAAGCUCUAAAAUACAAAGUCAUCAUCCUUGACGAAGUGCAUGAAAGAUCUGUAGAGUCAGAUCUUGUUCUGGUUUGUGUGAAGCAGUUUUUGCUGAAACAAAAUGACAUGAGGGUGGUGCUAAUGUCUGCUACAGCUGAUAUUGCAAGAUAUCGCGAAUACUUUAAAGACCUAGGUAAGGAUGAAAGGGUAGAAGUCUUGGCAAUUCCGAGUUCUCCUCAGCACACAAUACAUCAGCAACGAGUUUCAUAUCUCGAACAGGUCACUGAACUUCUUGAAAUUAGACCAGAGUCAUUCAGUUUAAAGUUUGAUCAUCAUCCUCUGUUUGCUGAGACUGUUAUUAAGCAUGAAGAGCGCGUGCUUAUACAUGAUUUGGUUAUACACAUUCAUAAAAAUGAACCAGACAUGGAGAAGAGCAUUUUGGUUUUUCUUCCGACUUAUAAUGACCUCGAGCAGCUAUGGUUUCUUUUGAAGCGCUUUCCAACAGCUUUCAAGAUUCACAUUCUGCAUAGUAGCAUAGACACUGAACAAGCUCUUAGAGCCAUGAAAAUAUGGCAGUCACAUCGCAAGGUAAUAUUGGCUACUAAUAUAGCGGAGUCUUCGGUAACAAUUCCAAAAGUAGCUUAUGUCAUAGACUCGUGUCGUUCUUUACAAGUUUGUUGGGACAAUGUUAGGAAAAAGGAAGUUCCGGAUCUUGUUUGGGUUUCUAAGUCUCAGGCUGAUCAACGCAAGGGAAGAACAGGUCGGACUUGUGAUGGUCAUGUAUACCGGCUUGUUACAGGAUCAUUCUACAACCUGCUAGAGGACUAUGAAUCUCCUUCUAUAUUGAGGAUGUCAUUGAGGCAGCAAGUGCUUUCUUUGUGCUGUGCGGAAUCUAAAGCAAUUAACGACCCAAAAGUCUUACUGCAGAAGGCUUUGGAUCCUCCAGAUCCAGAAGUAGUCAAAGAUGCAUUGGAUUUGCUUGUGAGCAUUCGUGCAUUGGAAAAGAUACCUCCAAGAGGCCGUUAUGAACCCACAUUUUAUGGGCGAUUGCUGGCCAGUUUUUCUUUGUCUUUUGAUGCGUCUAGAAUUAUACUUAAGUUUGGAGGGAUAGGACUGAUGCGAGAUGGUAUUUUGCUUGGUAUUUUAAUGGAUACACAGCCUUUACCCAUUCUUCGCCCUUUUGGCCAAAACAAUCUGUCUACUAAGUACACUGCUAGCUAUUAUUCUGGAGAUAGUACGGAAACAGGCCUAACUGGUAAGAAGGAAGAAGCUCUAGUAGGAAAUUUUGCUGCAUAUCAGUUUUGGCAACAUGUUUUUAAGGACAAGUAUCGUUUUGAACAUUUACAAGACCUUUUAUUAAGUGACGAGACAGAGAAAGAAAAAAAUUUGCAAUCUGUGACGGAAGAAAACUGGUGUUCGUUUCACCAUCUUGUCCUGUCCUCACUUAAUCAUGUUGCUGAAAUAUAUGACGACGUUUUGAAUACUUUGCAUCGUUUUCGACCCAAUUUCCUUGUCAAAUCCGGUGGCUUGCCAUCUUACUACGAUCCUUAUGAAUUUCAACAUGCAUGUCAUCUCAAGUGUGAGCACAUUGAGUUAGAUGGUGAUGUUCUUGAUAUAUAUGAGGACGAACACCGUGACACUGUUAGCAAAGUGCAAAUAUGCACUAAUGAACCAUUUGCUGUUGCAAAUUCCUUGCCGUUGGAUGAUGUGGCUGUAAAUUUGGCCAGUAUAAUUAAAGAGAUAAGAAGCAUCCAGUUCGUCAAAGAAAUAUCUUCUGAUCAGCUGAAUUUGAAUAAAUAUGACAGUGCUCUAGAAUCUGGGGAGGCUUAUCUUUGUAGAUACUUCCUCAGUGGGAACUGCAACCGAGGCGACCAAUGUAUAUUUUCUCAUUCACUACAAGCUAAAAAGGCGGCUUGCAAAUUUUUCUUCUCUCUGCAGGGAUGUCGGAAUGGUUCGUCGUGUUACUUUUCCCAUGAUAUAGAGAUAAAUCAUUCAUCACAUAAUGGUUUGAGUUUAUGCCUACCAGAGGAGGAGGUUACAGACUUUUCAACUCUUCUGCAUCUGUUUCCCACAUCGUCCGAUGAACGCAUUCUUAUAUUGGACGACACUGAUUUUCGGUUCUCUUCAAAUAUUGCUCGAUUCUAUAAUCCAUCCUCCAUUAUCUGCACAACCUCAUCGGCAGGUGGUUCAGUUAGUGACCCGUCAUUGAUGGGUAUCAAAAUUCUGUCCAAUCUCUCUCAUCCGUACCAGACACUUUUAAACAAGGAAGGGGAAAGCUACAUUCCGUGGAAUCAAGUUAAAUGUGUGUUAUGGUUUCCAUUUUCUGAUGGAUGUAGGGGAGACCUGGAAGCAGAGAAGAGGGUUGUGCAAACUUUCUUCGAGUAUUUAGCUAUCCGAAUAUUGGCUGAUGCUCUGUUUGAAGUGCAAGUUAUCCUAACUAUGAACAACAUCCGUUUUUCACAGCUACAGACGGAAAAGUUGGGCCGGGAGAGCUUCUUCUUACUUAAAGAAUCAUUUCCGUACAAUGAAUCAAGAUUCGGAGUACUUUCACUGUCUGAUACUGUCCCUGUUAAAAGGCCAAUGUUGGUGUCAAAAGCUGUAUCAUAUGUUUUCUGUCUUCACCCUCCCAGCAGCAUCGAGUUUGACAGUUCUACACCAGUUCUUUUCCAACCUCUUAAUUUUAUUCCUUAGAAUUUAAGUUUGAUGUAGUAAAUUGCAUAGUUUUUGGGUUAAAUAGAAGUCAAAUACCAAUUGCUAUAUGCAUGAAGCAUUAACUUAUGUCUUUUGUCCUAGAUAGCAGAUGCACAGUAAUUUUGUUUUGCAUUAGUAUUUCUGGGUAAACUUUUACCAAGUUCAAAAUUUUAAGCUGUAUUGGCAGUUUUUGCCUCUGGA